AUGUGCUUUAACACAAAAUUGCUAGAUUUAAAAUACAAAUAUAUGAAGACUAGGUUAAAGAUGUUACCAAAUAGCGAAAAUGAUGAUAAAAUAGCAAGAAAAUUAAAUAAAAAUUUAAAUAUGAGAAGCUUAAUAUAUGUAUUAAAGGCUGUAAUAAUUAUAAAACAAAAGAGAAGAUUAAAAAGGUAUACUAGUUUAGAUAGACAUAUACCUUUUUUAAGAAAAAAUAGUUUAAAUAAAACUCAUAUAAAUGGAAGAAAAAUACUAGAAAAUAGAUUAUUGGCAAUAGGUUGCGAACUCAUUCAAGUAUCUGGAGAUGGAAAUUGUUUAUUUAGAUCAAUAUCAUGUAAUUUGUUUGAAAAACAAAAAUAUCAUAUGUAUGUUAGAAAAAGAUGUGUAGAAUAUAUGCUGAAUUUUAAAGAUGAAUAUUCUAUUUAUUUUGAAGAUAACGCAUUCUAUGAAUAUAUAAAAAAUAUGUCAAAAAAUGGAUAUUGGGGAGACGAAUUAUGCAUAAAAGCAACAGCAGAUGCAUUUAAUUGUAUUGUUUAUAUAAUAACUUCAACUUCAGAAAAUUGGUGCUUAAAAUAUGAAUCCAAAUAUAAAAAUAAUUUAAAAAAAUAUGUUUUCUUGGCUUAUUCAAGUCCUACACAUUAUGACUAUUUUAGAUUGAUUAAAAAAUAA